CGUGCGUCUACCCUCCUCGGCCAGACGGAGGUCAGUCAGGGUCCUGCUCUUAGACAGGACACUCCGAGAGAGUAUCUCUUCCUGCGGAUCCAACGCCGGACAGCUGUCAGCUCGCCCCGCUGCCGUUGCACGCUCGCCGCCGCUUCUUCCUUCGCCCUCUUCGAGAACCGCCGGAUCCUCCGAGGUCCCGCCGAUCCCGCGAGUCCGUCAGACCCGCUAAUUGUCCUGGCCUGCUUCGGGGACACAGAGGAUAGAGAGGUGCGAAGAAAUAAUCACCUCACACCUCGAUCACCUCCGGAGCAACGAACCGAACGGGUUUUCGACACGUGCGCCAGGACCAAGGUUGCCCGCGACCUUGGCUCCAACCACGUGGAGAAACGCACGAGAUUCGACUCGAGCGAGGACACUUCUCGGAGGUUCGAUCCUCGGCUGGCUUUCGGAGUUCGGACAGUAGCGGCUGUGUAAUCUGCGUCGGUUGUGAUAAGAAAUCUGUGCGCGUGCUCGACGUUGGUAGGACACUUGCGGAUCUAGUGCCGGCAACGGGACUUACGGUGCGGUUAAGGUUCCUCUCCAUGAGCUGUCGCAAGAUUUAAGGAUUCAGUCGAUCUACCAGUUGAACGCAAUGUGCGAAGCGGUGCCGCGGACUUGGUACGUGAAACCAGAACUUCACUGUACCGGAGUCGGAGUUCCGGCGGGCGCGUUGUCACCCCCUGCUACACUUUCGCCGCCUAUCAGCCCCAGCGUGACACUGCCGCCCUCGCCUUGGAGCCCCGGCGCGACAGGAAACGGCACGAACACCGCGACGUCCUCGAAUCCUUCUUCGAUCUGCUCGCCUGGUAUCAAUCAGCCGGCAUCGGACCGAUUCAGUGCUUUCACUCUCGUCUCGACGUACAACCCGGAGUCGAGACUUCAAACCCUGCCGCCGACAACCACCACCGCGACAAGAGAGCUACGGUGCGGUCUAAUGUACGGGGGCUAUGGUUCGACGGGGGCUACCUGGUGGGCUCGGCAUGUCAGUCUCCUGCUACCCCAUUCUCUGCUUCCACCGCCGAGAAUUCCCACCCAGCAAACCACUCCAGUUACAAAUUCUUCGCCUACCAUUCAUCUGGAACCCCUCAGCCCGUCCAGACCUGGUUCACCCCGGGGAUGCACGCCGGAGAAAGCUAAAUUCGAAGAAGAAGCGCCGUUGAAUCUGAGCACGAAACCCAGCGACGUUUCGUCGAGCACGGAACGCAAAAGCAAAAUCUGGUCGCCGGGAACGGUUUGCGAGAGAGAGGCGAAGGAGACCAGGGUGCCAUCAUCGAGAAGUCCUUCCGUGACACCUGUAGUUACCCGGCAGAUGCAUCACCACUCGCCACUUACGCCACCCUCCUCGUCGGAAAGAACUUUCCAGUGUAAACAGUGCGGGAAGGCUUUCAAGCGUUCGAGCACCCUCAGCACUCACCUCUUGAUCCAUUCCGACACCAGACCGUACCCGUGCCAGUACUGCGGCAAGAGGUUUCACCAGAAGUCGGACAUGAAGAAGCACACGUACAUUCACACAGGCGAGAAGCCGCACAAGUGCGUGGUAUGCGGCAAGGCGUUUUCCCAGAGCAGCAACCUGAUCACCCACAUGCGCAAGCACACCGGGUACAAGCCGUUCCAGUGCGGCCUCUGCGAGAAAGCGUUCCAGAGGAAGGUGGACCUGAGAAGGCACCGCGAGGGCCAGCAUCCGGCGGCGCCCGCCCUCGACUACCGCUCCCUCCAGCUGCCCCCGCAGCCCAGCCAGGUCCGGCAUUCGCCGCCGCUUCAACCCCCGUCCGCUUAUCACAUGAUACCGAUACCUGGUAACAGUUGAGAACGCUCAACGCCCGUCAUCCUAGCUACCCGAUCGUCUCUGCUCGGACUCGAACCGUUCGCGUACCGUAGGGAGAUCACUUGUUGGCUAGCCUAACGAAUCUAGGUCUGAUUGGUCGGUUCGUUCUCGUCAGUUCAUUAUGAGGAGGUGGAAAUGGUAACGGACAGUUUUAUAGGGUAGAACUCUGUAUAACGUGAUUGAAAAAUCGAGAAAUAGCGGAUACAAGAGGACCAAUUUGACACUAGAUUUAGGGAGAUCGAUGGCUGGGUUAAGGAAUGUAGGUCUGAUUGGUCAGUUCAUUGUUCAGAAGUCGAAAUGGUAACGGAAAGUUUUAUAGGGUAGAACUUGUAACGUGAUUGAAAAAUCGAGAAAUAACUAUGAGUGAGGUUUUCCAUAAGAAACCGGAGGAUUCACUUGACAUUAGAUUUAGGGAGAUUGUUGGCUAGCCUAAGGAAUGUAGGUCUGAUUGGUCAGUUCAUUAUUCAGAAGUCGAAAUGGUAACUGUUUGAGAGUUUUAUAGGGUAGAACUUGUAACGUGAUUGAAAAAUCGAGGAAUAACUAAGAGGGGUUUUCCAUAAGAAACCAGAGGACCAACUUGACACUAGAUUUAGGGAGAUUGUUGGCUGGGCUAAGUAAUGUAGGUCAGAUUGGUCAGUCCAUUAUUCAAAGGUGGAAAUGGUAAUUGUUUGAAAGUUUUAUACGUAGGCAUCAAGUCAUCUCCCUACAAUACGUAAUACGAUCCCGAUCGUGGCACGCGUGCCCCCGUUUACACGCCCCGAGAACGAACAGAUUGGAGGACAGCCUGCAACGACAGUGAUCUUUAACCUCUUGCUCUAUUGUUUCUUUCCCACUUGCGCUCAACAAAGGUAUUUUGUUCAUAAUUCAUUAGAGAAAGUGGAAAGUUCUACACUUAUUCUAUUUCUACGUUUAUUCAGAAGCAUUACAAUUAACACAUUGCGUGGUAAUGAGAAAUCUCGUUAUUAUAUAAAGACACUUAGCUAUGCAACUUUGCUAAUUACCACAGUAUUGAAAAAAUAUAAAAUUUAAUUCGAAUUGAUUAUCUAUUUCAAAUAUAUUACACAACAAUAUAUCUGAGCUCAAUUCAGUUUUCUGAAAAUUAGCCGGCACGCAAUGUGUUAGUAACAGGAGAAUAUUCAAUUCGGACUUGGAAGAAUUACAUAAGUGAUGCUUUCAAAUUACAAGGUACAUUUCAUCUCGAACUAUUUCUAGCGCCUGAGACCAAUAUCGACAGUUAAGGGUUGAACACCUUGCCCUCCAAAAAUCUGUCACCAGAAAUAAUCAAUUUAUUUUCAUUUUAUUUAACAACAAAUCUAUUCACAAAAGGGGAACAAUUCUUUAUUUCCACAUUUCGAAUCGACAGAUUACUCGAGACUUAAUAUUAAAUACAUUUUACAAUUUCGAUGCAAAUCGAGGCACCGUUGGAGUGCAAGGAUCAAUGACCUUGAAGAAUCAAAUCUUAAAUUUCCUCAGGCUCGUAGUUUGCCGUGUGAACAUUCGCCAACGGAUUUUACAAUCGGGAAACAAUUGAAAUGUCGCGCGACAAAUUUCACAUAAUCCCCAAAAUCUUCGAGAAUGGAAAAGCGUCGUCGGGAUGACACGCUUCCGCAUGUUUUCGAGCUGAAGCCCGUAGUCAUCGGCGAGUGAACAAGAUUAGCCUUUUUAUGUAGGGAAUCGUCUGCCGUCCAUUAUCGCAGUACUAUCGGUAUGUAUGUUGAUACAUGUAUAUAUAGUAUAAAUAUACACCUGGGAAGAAAAAAAAAAUAUAUAUAAAUAUAUAUAUAUAUAUACACACGUUAAAGUAGACGCAAAAAAAAGUUAUAUGUAUAUACACCGUGUAAACGCGAACACGCACAACGGUCGAUGCAUUGAAAAGUAUUUGGUCAUUCCACGAACAAUAUGUUUCCUUUACAUUUCUUUUAUUUCGAGAACUUCAGGAGAUUCUUUUCAAUUCGAAAUACAACUCUUCGUUGUGCAAAGAAUGAAUUUUUUUCAAAUAGCGAUCAUUGAAACGGGAUAAUAUGAAUAAUGGACAUUGUAAUUUCUGAAAAUAGGAGAUAAGAGAAUAUAUUAUUUCUGGGAUGACCGGACACGUAGGUAAUCGUAAAAUAAUUGUUCGUUGGUUCGCGAUACCGAAUGCUUCGUUUUGCGAGAAGUCAUGGAGUCGGUUGCUCGGUAUAAAUUGAAGUCUCGAUGAUCCUUAGCGCUCGAGAAUCUGAAAUGGAAGAUCUCGAGUGUUUCGUUUCGCAGCGAGAGACGGGCGACUGUACGCGCUAAUUAAUUAGAAUUAUUCAAUGGUCGAAUUUGAACGAGAAUUAUUUCAUUGAGAUGAAAGAAUGUUCGUCGACCUUAGAGAACGUAGGGAGUCUUUUUAUAAAAUUCUACAGCAGAUCGAGCCUUUUUUACAUGUGGAAUCGUCUGUGCCUUAACUUCUAACGAGAAAGUAAUGAGAAUUACAGCUACUUGUAAAAAGUACGAUUUUUAUCGGUGCGAUCGAAGGUUUGGAUGGGAACGAUGGAAAAUCUGCGGAAGAAAGUCGAAUGGAAAGGAAUGGAGCGAUCGUAAAAGAGAUCCUGCCUUUUCAUGGAAACGCACAAUAAUAUGCACCGGUAUGUCUGUGUGUCGGUGUGCGCGCGAAUGUGAAUCCGAAUAGUUGCGACUAUAGUUUCCGUGCGUACGAGUCAGCGUUACCAAUCCGCACGUGCAGGGUUUUCAGAUACUCGGGCCGUUUAUUUUGGAAAUCGCUCAAGUCCAUUUGAAAGCAAGAAUAAUAAUAAAGAAAAAUAAUCUGUUGCGACUGCCGUAAUUGGACUGUGGAUCUGGAAUACGAAUUUUUAAGAAUAUACACAAUUAUUUACGGAAAUUCCGUUAUAUAUCAUAUUCCAGUAUGAAUUUUUAAGAAUAUAAUCAGGAGAGUGGAAUUUCUGUAAAUAAUUGGUUGGUAAUUAAUUAUAUAUAUUUUAUAUAUUUUUAUAUAUAUUAAAUAUAUAUUAUAAUUAUAUAUAUUAAAUAUAUAUAUUUGUUUCGCAUCUUGUGUAUUCCGAGCAAUUAAGCAUUUCCAAAUUUCAAUUCGCGAAAAUCGUAUAAAUCAAUCUAAUAACAACUAUCAACUUAAUUUCUUUGAAAAAUGGAUCUAAGCUAUUUUGAAGAUAUUUUUAAAAUAAAUGGCUCACUUAUAUGUACGUACACUUAUUUAUCGAAACGAUUAAUAAUUAUCAUCGAUCGCUUAAAUGGUAACGCGAAAUGAUAUUACCGAUGACAACACCGUCGAACUUCGAGAAACCAAAUUCUUGCGAAGAAAGUUGCUUGAAAGAUUAUAAAGCUACCAGUUGCUAAUAUUCAAAAUAUGCCCGAAAUCGAUGUUUUCAAUUGCACAAUCAAUGAUGUAGCGAUAAUCGAUGUGUCAUUGCUGUUUGCGUUCCACACUGCAGAGAAUCAUUUUUCUGUUUCAUGAAAAUCUUCGAGUUUCACAUUCGGGAAUCUCAUAACGAAAAAUCGGAACGAAAAAAAUAAGAAAAAUUUCAGAAUAAACGAACCUCGUCUUUUAGUUUUCCUUAUAAGGUAAACGAUAUUUCGGAAAAAUUGAACAAAAAAUUGAAUUACGUGCACAGCAAUGAUAAAUCGAAAGAUGAUAAAGUUUCUUCUAUUUUUCUAACAGUGCUUCCAAUUUAUAGUUUCCUCAGCGACACUUUCGAAAUGUUCUUUUGUGGGUUUCCUGUUCGAAAAACACUGUUUGAGCAAAAUUUGAACACACAUAUGAGACGCACGCAUGAAUUGUAAACUCCGGUGAUGAGUGAGUACACCAUCUGCAGCGAUUUUCUGGGACCAAAGCGAUCCUCGAUUUUUCUGCAAUCGAUUUCAGCCGAGUUCUCCUCAGAGCACAAUGGGACAGUGCCAGGAAAUCAAAAUCACGGAUUCUGGGAUGUGCUUCGCGUUUGCAAUCAGAAUUUUUCCGAUUGGUGAACAGAAUUAAAAUAAUUUCGUGUUUGUUUAUCGAAACGGAAAGAUCGUUUGUCGUAUCACCGUCGAUAAUUCUCUUCGGGUCGAGUGAGACCCAUUUUAUUCGAAUCUUCUUCGAUCUUAUAUUAGAAUUUAUUUAUUUAGUUAGAACCUCGUGUUUGCAAUUGAUGGUUUCACGAAUCAUUAGCUCGAAACGCGAGAAAUUCGUCAAAGCGUUUGAUUUAAGCAAUUCGAUCACAGAAAUGGAACUUUUCCGUUUUAUAUUGGAAAUAAAUUUUCACCCUUUGCGCUCAAAGCAAUUCACUUUGGAAUUCGAAGCAGUCAUUUCUAUAAUAUGUUUUUUCAAAGCUAAGAUAAAAUGGAAUUCUGUUUUAUAUUGGAAAUAAAUAUUAACCCUUUAAAUUUAAAGCAAUUUACUUUGGAAUUCAAAGCAGUCAUUUUUAUAACAUAUUUUUUCAAAGCUAAGACAAAAUGGAGCUCUUCUAUUUUAUAUUGGAAAUAAAUAUUAACCCUUUGAAUUCAAAGCAAUUUACUUUGGAAUUCAAAGCAGUCAUUUCUAUAAAAUGUUUUUUUAAAGCUAAGGCAAAAUGGAAUUCUUUUAUUUUAUAUCGGAAAUAAAUUUUCACCCUUUGCAUUCAAAGCAAUUCACUUUGGAAUUCAAAGAAGUCAUUUAAAGUAAGCAACAAAAUUUAAAUUAAGCAACAAAGCUAUUUUAUUUAAAUACUUCCUACAGCGAUACAAAGUUUAAUUUAAAACACUAAAUAUUCAACUCAUAAUUUCGUUGCAUCAAAUCAAGCGGUGACUGAGAGUCACCUCUCGAGUGCAAAGGGUUAAAUCGAACAGCUUGAACCACACCAUUCGAGCGCAAAGGGUGAAAGCUCCGCAUUUCGAAUUGAAAUUCGAAUCGACUCGAGAACGUCCAAAGUUUUAGAGGAAUUAAGGAACGAAGCAGACGAAGGGUGUGCGGGGGAUUAGGGGGAUUGCGUAAGAAUUCGAUUUUUCAUCGUCUGGCAACGAAUCAUAGCGGCUAGAGGACCAAAGAUAGAGUAAGUCGGACCUGCAUAGUAAUCGGUAAUCGUUCGGGUUCUGAAUUCUCUCGAAGGUUCCUUCGAAAUUCGAGCGGACGACGAACCCGAGAUCCACCGAGGACGAACGGUCCUUUGCGCGUGCGUACAGAUUGUAUUAUAUUAAGAUUAUCGUUAGCGACUAACGACCCGAAGGAUCAAUGUGUCACCCGUGUGGGCCACGUUGCACGUAGAAAUUUCAUAUUUUUUCAAUGUCUCCGACGAUGCGACGGGAAAAUGAUUGUUGAACAAUGCGAUCGUGUUUCGCGCUGUUACCGUUUGUAGUUCGCGACCGUCGAACCGAGGGAAAUUCGCCCGAGAAACUCGUAAUCGGACGCGUUAGCGUUAUUAGCGAUUAACCCGCGAACUGUUUGCAUUCCGUCGUGAAAUCGUGAUUCUAACGAAUCUCGAGUUCGUUUUUAAUAUUAUCUUUAUUGUUUCGCUUCGGAGGAGUUCGAGCAUUCUUGAAGUUUGCUUUGAGUGUUCGGUGAGAGAGCGAUUUUAAAAUAGACUCGCGUCGAAUAUAAUUUUCUGUACAGUUCGCGGGUUAAUAGAUAUGUAAUAUUAAAGAAAUGCAGAAAGAUGGCGUCGGCGAGAGCAGAUCGAAGGAUCGAUGGCGACGAGGAAGCGAGUGUGUGCGAGUGCGAGCGUGAAUGACCGAUUUGUGUUGAUCGGUAAAACCAAAAAAUAUGUUUAUAAUUGGUAUAAAUAC